CAAGUACGCUUUUAAGCCAGUUUAAUAUUCAAACUGUAGGCUAAUACUAUCCGCGUACACUAUUGUUUUGAUAAAUAAGAUACAUAUUGUGUUAUUUUGUUUUUUUAAAGUAAUGGCAAAUUGACUGAAAUCUCUUGCCCUUCAAUCAUGUCGUAGGUUCAGUCUUAUUAUAUGAGAAAUCGUUUGCCGCAAUUUACACAAUCUUAGACGAAUCAUUAAAUUAACAGAUUAUUAAUAAGAAUAAAUGGAAUUUCGGAUUUUAUAAUAUUUUGGGUUUGCCACGGGUCCAGGGCAUAGCCUUGUAUAAUCUAUUCAAGCAACAUAUACAAAGCCCCCCCACUGUCAGACAGCAGAUGCAAUCGGUUUAAUGAACAGCGAGUAGCUCCGUUUGCAUUUCCCUGCUUAGCUCAGUCGAUAUCCAUUUCCCCACCUGUUUACCGACGCUGAAACUAACAACAUGCUUUUUUUCGACGGAAGGUGACAAAUCUAACUGCGACGAGGAAAUGGCUUGGUUCCAUCAGGCUUUCCAAGGCUCAAGCCAACCAGAUGCCUCAAUGAUGCCCCAAAUGGCGGAAGAUCCAUCCCAAACACAAGUCUCCAACUACACAGCUACACAGUUAGGAAUGUCUGAUAGACAUGGUUGGUCAAACCUUCCUCCAGUCCCCAUCACAAACUUUCCCUCUGCCUCAGGGGGCAUGGUCCCCCAACGUUUGGACGAACUGUCCUGCACAUCCCUCAACAUGGGGGCAAGAGUAGACCCCAUGCCAUUGUCGUAUGUGACACUUCAGGAGCAGCGAUGUGCACUCAGUUGGUUUUUGGGAUGGAAUCCUGCUCAGAAGGAGCGCUUUCUUGAAGAUUUGAUCUCAAAGGCUGUGCCUGGAAAGGUCUCCAGUUUAUUGGAUCAGCUCAACACAUUACAGGUGAAUGAUCGCCCACCUAACAUUUUUGAAUGCCAGUUAAGGCUGUGGACACAGUGGUUCGAGUCAUGGAGUGAAGAGGAAAGAAAUGCCUUUUUAAACAGCUUAGAGGAGAAGGACCCUGUCUUUGUUGCUUACUUCUAUAGUCGGGUUGCUGGAACAGCAGGCAGAGAUUAGAAAAGGGCCACUCUUCAGAAUUAAUUGAAACCCAGUCUUCUAUGGGCUGUUAUACUGGUGUAGGCUGUAGGCUAUUUGAAAAUCUAUGCACCCUAAGACUUUCUUCUUUAGUUCAAGGAGGAAAUGUUGACACUUCAAGGAAUAUUCAGGGUCCAAUAUAAGUUAUGAUCAAUCGACAGCAUUUGUGGCAUAACGUUGAUUAC